AAAAAAAAAAUGGAAACAAAGGGAUUGGGUCUGUCUAACUUAGGCCCAUUUCUGAUUCAUCCCCAAAUUCCGAAUUUCACUUUGAUUGCGAAAAUACCUUUGCUUCUCCAUUGAAGUCUGCAACAGCUCUCAAUCAACACUCUCGUCUUCUUCCUUCUUAACCCGUUCAUCUCCUCUUGUUUCAAACUCCAACUCUUAUAUCGCAAUCUCCUUUACCUUCAACCCCUCCUACAAGCCGCCCAUGCUCCUCUACUUUGCCUCUGUCUUCAAUAUCCCGACGCCGCAUUCCCAGCAGCAAUUUUAGGUUUAAGCGGACACCAGAGUUAAAAGCAGUGUAUGCAGUGUGAAUCUCAAUAAGAUAAUGGAUUCUAGCACUGGCACCAGUGAUGCGAUCUUACCUCCACACCCGGAUAUGGAAUUUGAAUCACAUGAAGCUGCUUAUUCAUACUACAAAGAAUAUGCCAAGUCUGCGGGCUUUGGCACUGCUAAAUUGAGUAGUCGCAGGUCUAGGGUGUCCAAGGAAUUUAUUGAUGCUAAAUUUACAUGCAUAAGAUAUGGAAAUAAACAACAGUCUGAUGAUGCAAUUAACCCUCGGCCUUCCCCGAAAAUUGGUUGUAAAGCGAGCAUGCAUGUGAAGAGAAGGCAGGAUGGAAAGUGGUAUGUUUAUAGUUUUGUAAAAGAGCAUAAUCAUGAACUCUUGCCGGCCCAAGCGCAUUUCUUUCGGAGCCACAGAAAUGUUGAUCCACUUAAGACUGACAUUGGAAGGAGGCGGAAAAGUCUGGCUGCAGUUUCUAAACUAUUUAGUGCCUAUCAAAAUAUUGACUUUCUGGAAGGUUAUAUGAGAAACCAGCAUGACAAGGGACGGAGUUUGGUUUUAGAAGAAGGAGAUGCUCAAGUACUCCUUGAACUUUUAAUGCAGAUGCAGGAAGAAAACCCAAAAUUUUUCUAUGCAGUUGAUUUGAAUGAAGAGCAUCGAUUGAGAAAUGUAUUUUGGGUUGAUGCCAAAGGCAUGGAAGAUUUCAGUAACUUUGGCGAUAUUGUGUCUUUUGACACUACAUACUUCACAAAUAAGUAUAAAAUACCUUUGGUACUCUUUAUUGGAGUCAACCAUCAUAUUCAACCCACAUUACUUGGUUGCGCUUUGAUUGCAGAUGAAACAGUGUAUUCUUUUCUUUGGCUGAUGCAAACAUGGUUUAUAGCAAUGGGGGAAAGGGCUCCUCAAGUGAUGCUCACAGAUCAAAACAAUGCCAUAAAAGCAGCUGUGGCUGCUGUGUUUCCUAGUACACGCCAUUGUUUCUGUUUAUGGCAUGUCUUGGAGAAACUUACUAGGCAUCUUGAAUAUCUGAGCCUAUGGCAUGAUAGUCUAGUGAUAAAACUUGAUAAAUGUAUUUAUCGGUCUUGGACUGAGGAGCAAUUUGAAAAAAGGUGGUGGAAGAUGGUAGACAAGUUUCAUCUUAGAGAGAUGCAGGGGUUUCAAUCUUUGUAUGAAGAUCGAAAGCAGUGGAUUCCAGUCUUUAUGAGGGAUGCAUCUUUUGCUGGAUUAUCUACACCUUUACGCUCAAACAGUUUGAAUUCUUCAUUUGACAAAUAUGUGCAUGGAGAAACAUCUUUGAGGGAAUUUGUAGAGCAGUAUAAAGUUAUUCUCGAGGACAGAUAUGAAGAGGAAGCCAAAGCUGAUUUUAAUGCAUGGCAUGAGACUCCUGAGCUGAAGUCUCCAUCACCUUUUGAAAAACAAAUAUCACUUGUAUACACACAUGAAGUCUUCAAGAAAUUCCAAGUUGAGGUUUUAGGAGCUGCUGCUUGUCAUCUUAAAAAGGAAAACGAAGAUCAGAUGCUCACAACAUAUAGUGUUAAGGACUUUGGAGAUAAUCAAAAUUAUAUGGUUGAAUGGAAUGAAUCUAAAUCGGAUAUAUAUUGCUCAUGCCGAUCUUUUGAAUACAAGGGCUACCUCUGUAGACAUGCUAUUGUUGUGCUCCAGAUGUCUGGUGUGUUCAACAUCCCAUCAAAAUAUAUCUUGCAACGGUGGACUAAUGCUGCCUUGAGCAGACGUCCAAUCAGUCAGAAAUUGGAUGAGGUCCAAUCUAAGGUACGCCGGUACAGUGAUUUGUGUAGACGUGCCAUAAAAUUAAGUGAAGAAGGUUCCCUUUCUCAAGAGAGCUAUAAUCUUGCUCUGUCUGCCUUAAAAGAAGCCCGGAAGCAAUGUGUAAGUGUCAAUAAUUCAGUUGGGAAUGAGGACCUACCUAACACCUCAGUGAUUCAUGCUGAUUCUGGUGUUGAAAGAGUCAGCCAAUGUGUUCAUGGGUUUGACAACAUUGACUCGGAGAUCGACAAUUCGGAUUCAAGCUCUUCUUCAGAUGAAGAGUGGGAAAAAGAGGCAAUAAAGUACAUAGUUGAGGAGCAUAAGAAGAAGAAGAUGAAAAUGAAAUAGAAGAAGUAUAAAGAUUUACCGAAGCGAUGUAGCAAACGACUCGUUGAGAAUGAAGAAAAAAUUAAAAGUUUUGGUAUAGAAA